AUGAGUGUGUCUGAUCAUGAGAGAUCUCGUAGUAGCGGCGACUUGCCGGAGCAUCCCGCGCAUGCGGCGGGAGCGACGACCACGGUGGAAACCAGCUGCAGCGGAUCGACGUCCGAGCCACUGGAGACGAGAUUACACUCCGGGUCGGGUGAAGACGUUGAUAGCGCAGACCACCACUCCGCCGAGGAGGAAGAUGUGGAGAUCGAAGACGACAUCCAGGAUGUCACAGUUCUGAAAGCCAUGAAGAUAGGGCAGAAGAGUGAAUUUACCAAGCUUCGCAGACGAGCGCUAGUAGUACUGACGAAGGACAUGGACAGUAGCGAGCUUGAGGAGGAGACAAGUCGGCUUAGCGAAUCGUACGACCGGGCAAUGAGCACCAUGGGCGACUUGCUCGGAUAUUACAGUAGUCGUAAUGACACUAAGAACCGUUCGAAGACGGUUAGCGAAAUGGAGGUGUUGGAGGAACAAUUCUCUAACGCGAUGGCCCAGCUGAUUGAAGUCACACGAGAAGCGGUGCAUCGGGAAAGAAUUAGUGGCGCUGCUUCAGCGCGGGACAGGCGCUAUGGAAGCGCGUUUGAGGCAUAUGAAGACGAGUUUGGUUCAGCAACGCUACAGCAAGCGGCGAGCGCUGAUCCAGGAGGCGAGCAGCAGGUGUUACAACGAGACACCCACAGCCCGGACGCUUGGCGAGGAUCAAAAGUGAACCGUUUUGGCAGAGCGUUCCCUAGUUCGGCAGUGCGUGCAGACACGGACUGCAACUAUUCUCCUGUACCUGUGGCGGUGGAAACAAGCGUGACUAUGACAUCUGAAGCGCCCUUGUUCAGCAGUCAGAGUGUGACGACUGUCAAUGCCAUGCAGAGAUCAGGUGUCUUUUCAAGUGCUGCUAUGACUGGGUCUAGAGCACCACCAGUGCAGGCAGGGCUGUCACAUCACGCUGAGACUUUCCCUUGGCCCUCACAGAGUACAGCGCCACCUGCACCCCACACUCAACAGAGUCAACCAACUACUGUCAUGCAAGGACAAGGGCUAUCACAGCUGACUCAUCAUGCACCUGUGCUUGCUUCCACAGCCAGCAGGGGAUCCAGGAGUGGAAUGCCAACUCACACUAGUAGUAGUAGACCUGCGCAGACUACCAGAGUGGGCACUGCUGGAGUUAGGCCAUCUUCUCCCAGGUAUCAACCUUCAUCAUUACCAACGUAUCCUGUUUCCAGUACCAACACGACUAACCGCAAUACUGGACAGUUGGCAUCCGCUUAUCCAACUGGUAAUCCUCGUCCUCAGUUCCAAGCACAGCACCACCAGUCAACAGGACAGGCCAGUGUGAGUCUGCCACCAUUUUACCCAGCGACCGGCAGUGCUGUCAAUGCACCUACAUCGGCUGGACCGUGGACGCAUCUCCAAAAGAUCAGCAUCCCAGUGUUCGAUGGGAAGAAGCACAAAUACGAGGCCUGGAACGCCGCGUUUGCUGCAUGCGUGGAUGCCGCACCGCUAGCACCGGAGACCAAAAUGCUCCAACUCCGCCAGUACCUAGGCGGAGAGGCGUUGGAGGCAAUCGAGCGUUUCGGCUAUUCCGCAGCAGCGCACAGUGGAGCGAAGGCCAUGCUCGAGAGAAAGUACGGAGGCGAACAGCGCCGCAUUGCUCUUCAUGUCGAAGAACUGGAUCACAUUCAGUCAGUGAGAGCGAAUCGCCCAAAAGAGCUAGAGAAGUUUGUCGAUCUACUCUCGGUAGCAGUGAUCAACCUCAAGGAUGCUGGGUGGAGUGCAGAACUACAGCCUGGCACUUUCUACAGCAAGCUCUUGAAGAAGUUCGACCAGCAGCUCCUCACCCAAUUCCACCGAUGGCGAUACGACCGAGCCAAGCCAGACUCCGUAGAGGUCCUUCUUGAAUGGUGCAGUCUGGAGCCUGAAUUCCAGACCACGGCAGCAGAAACCAUUGAAGGCCUCAACGCGAGGAGUCAGGCAAGUGCGAGUAGCAGUGUUUCCGCACCACGACGGUCGACACCAUUCGCUGGUCCGAAGAAGAGCACAUUCGUCAGCACACCAGACAACAAGCCACGGUCGUGUUCCCAUUGUAAAGGUCCGCAUUCCAGCACGCAAUGCAUGCCCUUCAAGGCAGCAACACCGGCGAAGCGAUGGAAGGUCGCGAAGGAGACAGGCCUGUGCUUCCGUUGCCUGAAUUCUGGUCACUCAGGGCGCGAGUGUUUCAGGGCACAGACAUGUGGCAUAGACGGCUGCCAGAAAAGCCAUCAUCGUCUACUUCACGAAAACUGGCAGAUUGGAUUGCAUAAGCAGCCAACGGAGAAGGCGGGAGACAGCAAAGCAGCAGUGUCGAGCAACGAGGCUACCGGUGCGACCGAGCGAACACAGUUGGCAGUGCUACCUCCCACGGAGGGGAGCUCAUCAGCGGCUCAAACCACCAACCUCGGCGUGCGCGGAAAGAUAGCGCUCCGAACCGUCUCCGUUGUGGCACGGAGCGGGGACCGCCGGAUUGCGCUCAAUGCGCUACUGGAUGACGGCAGCACUCAGAGCUAUGUGAAUACCUCGGUUGCAGCUCAGCUUGGAGUAGAAGGGCAGACGCAGCGGGUGUCUGUCAGCGUACUGAAUGGUGAGAUCGAGUCGUUUGAGACAAUGCCGGUAGACUUCCAGUUGGAGAGUAGCGACGGAAAGUUUAUCGCCCCAAUGACCGCCAUAACCACGACGAAUGUGACCGGCAGCUUGAGGCCGAUCGAUUGGAACGUUGAAGCCGCCAGAUACACCCAUCUGCAGGACAUCAAGUUCCCCAAGCCUGCCGACCCGAGGGUGGUCGACAUUCUCAUUGGUCUCGAUCACGCGGAGUUCCAUACGGCCCUGGAAGAAGUGCAAGGCGAACCAGGUGAACCCAUAGCUCGCCGAACAGCUCUCGGAUGGACCUGUGUCGGGAUCGUCGACAAAUCGGCCAGAGCCACGCUGUUCUGCCAUCGCAGUGACGUGUUCGUCGCGGAAACCAGCCAUGACAGUCUAGAGGGCUUGGUCCGACAGAUGUGGGAGAUGGAUAGCCCCCGAGAGGCGACACAGUCCACGGAGGAUCGCGAAAUCAUCUGCAGCGCACGGGCGACCUUGUCUGGAGUCGGCACCGGAAGGUAUACCGUGGGACUUCCAUGGAAGAGGAAGCCAGCGAUGCGUAACAGCAGCUAUGACAUGGCGCUGAAGCGAUUGCGCUCAACAGAACGGCGGCUCAGGAAGGAACCAGACGUUGCUAAGGAGUACCAGCGGGUGUUGCAGCGGCACCUCGAGUGUGGCUAUGUCAGCGAGGUCGAAAACAUCGACGGGAGACCUGAAGGGUGGAUUCUGCCGCACCAUCCGAUCACCCGGCCUGACGCGACGACAACAAAGGUCAGAGUAGUGUUCGACGCCUCGGCAACAGCAGGAGAACUAUGCCUGAAUGAUUGCCUUCAUGCCGGCCCAAAGCUCCAGCGAAGCCUUCAGCAGAUUCUGCUGCGAUUCCGUCGCAAGGCUGUCGCCCUCGUCGCCGAUGUCGCUGAGAUAUACUUGCAGAUCGAGCUGCGGCCGGAAGAUAAGCCAUACCAUCGGUUUCUGUGGCGAGACUUGAACACCGACAAGGAGCCCAGCGUGUACCAGUACAAUCGUGUGGUAUUUGGAGUGAAUGCGUCUCCUUUCCUGGCGCAGUUUGUCUCGCAGGAGCACGCCCGUCAACAUGCUGUCGAGUACCCGAUGGCGGCCGAGACGAUUCUCGAAUCCACGUACAUGGACGACUCCAUGGACUCGGUAGAAGAUAAAGAUCAAGCGGUGGAGCUGUACUACCAAUUGUCCAAAUUGUGGAAACUUGCUGGAAUGCACGCGCGUAAGUGGGUCUCCAACAGCAGCAAGCUACUAGCCGUGAUUCCUGCCGAGGAUCGAGCGAAGCAAGUCGACCUGUCCAGUGGGACCCUGCCGACGACCAAGACCCUAGGCGUCCUGUGGCGAGCAGACGACGAUGCCUUCACGUUCAAGUGUAAACCUCCGCCAUCGGCAGCCUGUGUCACGAAGCGGCAGUUCCUGCGCAACAUGGCUACGCUAUUCGACCCACUUGGACUCGUCACCCCAUUCAUCAUGUCGGCAAGGGUGCUGUUCCAGGACAUGUGGGUCGCCGGAACUGACUGGGAUGAGCAUCUGGCAGAAGACCUCCAGCUAAGGGCUCAGCAAUGGUACAGUGGUCUGGCAGCCCUAGAAGCGAUGGAGGUGCCUCGGUGUCUUGUGCUGCAGAAGGCAGAGGCUGUCACCAGCACGGAGCUGCAUGUUUUUGGCGAUGCAUCUCAAGUGGCGUACGGAGCGGUGGCCUACCUGCGGGUUACUGAUCAACGUGGAGAAGUGUCCAGCCGUCUGGUAUGGUCUAAAGGCAAAGUGGCCCCACUCGGCAGUGUGAGUAUUCCUCGACUGGAGUUAUCUGCAGCUGCUAUGGCGUGUCGACUCGGAAUGUCGAUUGCUAAGGUUCUCUCUAUUCCUCGCGAGCAGGUGGUACUGUGGACGGACAGUAUGAAUGUGCUGUGCUGGGUUCGCAACCACAGCCGCUUGUUCAAGCCAUACGUCGCUAAUCGAGUGAGUGAGAUCCAGCAGCAAACCGAGCCGUCCCAGUGGCGCUAUGUGCCGACUGCCGUUAAUCCAGCCGAUCUGAUAUCGCGAGGAACGUCUGCGGAGUCCUUAGUGUCUAGCAGCCUGUGGUGGGACGGACCAGAGUUUCUGAGCAAAUCGUCAGAAGAGUGGCCUAGUCAACCUACGUCCGUCAGGCCGGCAGCUGCUAUUAUGGAGAUUCGGUCAGCAGCUCUUCAGCUCACCGGCGGCGACUCGUUCUUCAUAUUCCUGAAAGACAGCGACUGGAGACUCAAUCCGACGCGUUUCUCGUCCUGGCAACGCCUUAUCCGCAUCACAGCGUUGGUGGUGAGGUUCGUCAACAACUGCCAGAUUCGUGCGGAGGAACGCCAGCUGGGUGCAACGACUCAAGAGGAGCUUGAGGCAGCUCGACAAUGUGUCAUUCGUUCAGCCCAGCGACAGUCAUUCACUGAGUACGUACUGUUGGAACGGAGCAAACCUCUUCCGAGUUCGAGUAAGCUGUCGAGUUUGCUGCCAAUGAUCGACAGCCAAGGUUUGAUUCGUGUGCAAGGGCGAGUUCAACAUGCGGCGUUUCUAUCGCUCGACGCUAGGUACCCAGUCCUUGCAAUGUGCCGUGCAUCGCCCACUGCAUCACGAACCGGAUCAUGUGUCAAGAUUAAUUGAUCCGGAUUUGCCAGCACACCAAUAUUUCCAUCAGGCUGUGCGAUUUUCUCCUGGGCUUCCAUCUGUGGCACACAGGAAACAUCAGGAGGGCUUGUGUAAUCGCCGGUCAGCAGCAGCUGUACCAGAGGCUUGGUCACUGCCCUUGACGCAAUAAAUUCAGCAGGUGCACUAGCCGCCAGAACGGGAAUGGCAAGGCCACCAUACCGGACGGGGAAUGUCAACAGCUCUCUCUCUCAGGACUACCAGGACGGACACCAUCGCCAAGUAGGGCCGGAAGCAGACGUUCAUCAAUCACGGUGUCGAUCGCCGUCAGGAGCUCUGGAGAACAUGGCGAACAACGAAUGUGAUAGGUCCAGGAGCUCGACAAACCUUUAGUUAAUACGCUAUAGGCUGCCUGUGGCUGUGUGGUUGCCAUUGAAGACAAUGUAUCCAAUACCCGUCCCCACUUCUGGACACGCCGCUCCAUAAAGGAAGAACAAAAAUCCUCGCUGCCAAUCACGCCUCCAAGAUAUCGGUUACCAUCAGUUGUGAUGACAACGCCAGAGCCCUGGAACUGUAGCCGAGCAUCCUGUUCAUACUGAGGCUUUACAAGGAGAACGGUUUUCUUGGGAUUCGGGAAAUACCCAUAGCCUGGACCAAUUUGACUGAUAUCGUUCCAAUAUGACCAUAGUGAUGGUAUCCUACCCCAGGCUGAAUCGUCAUCUGCAUACCAUCCCUGCUUUACUGAUACGUUGGUAUCCCGAAGUUGCCUGAUCAACGGGACUGUCGCAAGAGCGUAAAUAGCCAUGGCCAACGGAUCCCCCUGGCAGGUCCCUUCACGGGACAGAAUCUCACCACCUCCCGAGACAAAGAGGCGGAUCGGGCUGCCAUAGGUGUUGCUGAAGAUCUUGGACAUAGCAGGGCACACACGCGGUACAUUAUGCAGAGCCGCCUUCCUGUUCAGUGAAUUAAACGCAUUGCUAGCAUCCACAAACAGGACACCCUCAACGUCAUCCUGUUGGAACAGCUCUUGAGCCGCGUGCACACCAGCCUCGCAUGCGAAUGGAAUGCCGAUCAUCAUCAUCCUCAUCAUCAUCAUCAUCAUCUUCGUCGUUGAUGGGUUACUAUCGCUGUCGGGUGUCUUUCGCGCUGCUACGUUCCGCUGUGUUGUGUGUCAGGGGUGCUCGGUCGGCCCGUCACUAUCCAGUUCACAUGCUUCGUGAGUUGGCGAUGGUGGAGGGUCGGGUUCCCUUGCCGUGAUUAGUGCUGCACCGAGCUUGUUUUGUGUGAAAGUAUAUCAUACAUGUAAUUGUAGAAAGGAAAAGGACAUAUGGAAACGAGUUAAGAGUAACUCUCCACCACUGUAACUAGAUACUAUAUACAGUCAGAAAGUGCAACAACUAGGCACAAAACUGACAGAGUACUGAGACAUUCGUGUAUAUAGUAUCUAGUUACAGUGGUGGAGAGUUACUCUUAACUCGUUUCCAUAUGUCCUUUUCCUUUCUACUUUUAUUAUUGGCUCAAUACCCGAGUUUCAAAUUGCACACCUGAUGAGCCGUCACGAACCAUACGGCGAAACGUACGUCGUGUGAAACAACUGGUUUUGUAGUCAACUAGUCCAUCACAAUGUCAUGCAUGAGGAGUACUGUAGGAGUUUAGAUUUCGGCUUGUACAAUUCGUUCUCGCAAAGCUUCCUCCCCCUUCUUAACUUAUCUUUGAUAUUUUUGACCCACCCAAGUUGGGUGGUGUGCUGCUUUGCUGCUUCGAAUUGUAGUUAGACCGCUUUGUCAAAUCGCCUACUGGUCUCGUCAUCGUCCAGUGACAAUCGACAUUCUUUGUUCCGUUGGGACUGUAGCUUGUGCUCGUUUUCGUUGCGCUUGCCUUCCCUUCUUUGGUCUUUCCAUAACCUUGAACCUUCCAAGUUGGAAGGCUGUCGGUUAGCGCUACGGAAAUGUGUUGAAGCUAGGUGUCAGGACGUCGAAUGUCUCAGUACUCUGUCAGUUUUGUGCCUAGUUGUUGCACUUUCUGACUGUAUAUAUGUAGGACUCAGUAUAGAGUCCAUGCACUAUAUGAUGUCCAGCACCCUAUAUAGAGUCCAUUGGUCCAAAAUCCACUAUACAGAGUCCAGGAGUCCACUCAGUUUUGAUCAGCUUCAUCCUGCCGCGCAAUCCCCUAUAAGGAGUACACCUUUUCUACAAGUCCCCUAUUCACGGUCCAGGAGUCCAGUUUAUCCAGUCACGCCGUCCUGUGUGUUGUGCCCGAAAGAGAACAAACACCUUUUCAGUUUUGCUUGCCUCGUUGCAGCGCAUUCCUUUCUUCACUUCAGCCAUGGCUGCCAGUUCUGCUGUGCAGUUGCUGACAGUAAUCUGUCUCGAGGUAACCAAGAAGGAUAAGAAGACGUUCAAAGUCAAAUCUGGAAAGCGUCUUGUGGUUCUCUGAAGACGUUUCAUCAGUGCGCGGGAUGAAAGCAGAAAUUGCAGAACGAGAAAAGUUCAGCACAGUUCAAAUCUGACGAGUCAGGUACACUGACACUCUCUUUCGUUCGACGCCACAAGGAUCCCCUGUUUGGCUGGCCAUUGCUUCCAAUAAAACGCUUGAACGGUUUCAUCAGAGCGAGGGAUGAAAGCAGAAAGCGGAGAACGUGAAAAGUUCAGCACAGUUCCAAUCUGACGAGUCAGAUACACUGACACUCUCUUUCGUUCGACGCCACAAGGAUACCCUGUUUGACUGGACAAGAGCUGCCUGUACCACCGUGUCAAAAGGCUGUCCAACUACAUGGCAGGACGAUGACUGAGGUGUGCUGAUCUUCAGAAGCUUGCGGAACUGAGUGCUGCUAAACACUUGCAUGGCCAUGAGCAGUGGUGAAGCUUGCUAUUGCACUCUCAGCAUGUGCUAGUAUUAUGCUGACUACUGCACUAUGUUACUCUCUUACACUACUACAUGUAUGUAAACGCGCGUGCAUCCGCCCACGUAUGCAUUCGUUUCGUAUAAUUAUUUGUUAUCUCUCUUGACUUUACGUGUAAAUGGGUGGACGUUUGCAUGGCUGUUGGAGUUGUGUGUGUAUUGUGUCUCUACUCUUUUCUUGGUGUUUUCUUGGCGUUGUAUAAGUUUGUGUGUGUGUGCGCGCGCGCGCGCACAAUAAUUUGAAAACAAAUAAUUAAUCCUUGGCUCUCCAUUAUUCUCUUUCGAUUCUUGGUUUUUUCUAGGUAUUUUCUUGGCGUUGUGUGGGUGUGUGCAUGUGUGUGUGUGUGCGUGCACAAUAAUUUGGCAACACUACAUGAUUGAGAAACUGUAAUUUGCAGCGUCUGCGAAGAGACCACUUGA